CAUCAUAUCGGUGGUUGGUGGUUGGCUAUCGACAAUCGACGUCCAGCUGUUUUCUGGUGCGGCUAUUAUUUACACUUUUUUGCAUAAAACCCGUGAAACAAAUUGGAGCCCUGAGGCCGGACGUAGCAAGGUGUCCUGAAAGUACAUGUUACCAGUGUCAUAAGUCGGUGCGACACGUGAGCUCCCAAUAACAUUAAUUCGCUAACAGCCUUGGGGCAGGCAGGGCAGUAAACUACAAUCACACAAACAUAAAAAAUUAUGACGAUUGAUGCCACCGCUCUGCCGUCGGAGUUGCUCGUGACCCCUCAGCCACUAAUUGGCUUCUGCGGCCUGGACACUGCGCGACAGGGCGUGCACAAGGCCAUCUGGGAUGCGUUUAGCGGGAGUCUGCAACGGAAGGCGGCGGCUGCGGUCCAAUACAAGUUGCUGCCUCCGAACUAUGAGUUUCCAGUGGCCAAGCCCAAGCGAGCCUCCUACGAGUGGUACCACCCCAAGGGCAUACUGAAGAGGAACUGGAUGCUGAAGCACCUGCAUGUGCUGCCCUCUGUGGUGGUUUUGUUCCAGGACAUGGAGUGGAACGAUCUGCAGUGGACGGAGAAACAGGUGCAGUGUGCGGCCACUGUACAGGCUCUAAAGAACGCUCUUCAAGAGCGAAAUACUCGACUGUGCCUGGUGCUUCUGCAGAAGGCGGCACCGCUACCUCCAGGCGAGGAUUUGCUGGCCGCCGAGCGAGCUGCCAGUUUGACCUCAGCCUGUGGAAUAACGAGCAAAAUGUUGUUUAUACUGCCCCACACGGAGCACCUAAUGGGCUACACGCUGCGCCUGGAGUCCGCGUUCCUGGACAUGGCCCAGUCCUACUACGCUUUGAUGUCGAAGAGAAUACGCAAUCAUCGAGACCAGCUGUCGGCUGCGCACACUACCCUCAAGAUACGGCACCAGUUCAAGCUCGGCUUUGUGGCGGAGAUGCGGCAAGACUUUAGCACCGCCCAGAAACACUACUUCCAAGCCUAUGCGAAUCUGGACGAGAUACGCAUCAACGACAGCAAUUGCGUGGAGAUCAAAACACUGGCCGGGUUUCUCAAUUACAAAAUCUGUCGGCUCAUGUUCAAGCUGAAGACCCCGCGGGAUGCCAUCAGCCAGUUCAUCAUUCAUGUCGAUAAGUACAAGCCCCGCGUGGGGUUCAAGGAUUUGGCCUUUGAGCACUAUGCCUGGCUAAGCACGCAACACUCUGUGUUCGCCGAGCUGUUUUGUGAGGCCAUCAAAAAUGGACUGCCCGCCCUGCAGACUCAGCAUCCUGGCAUAUAUUACCACAAGGCAGCCGAGUAUGUGAUGAAGCGACGUGAUGCCGCCCAGCAAGCCUUUGUCGCGUUGCUCGAAGCGGGCGAUGCAGCGCUUGCAACGAACAAUCCCAGCCCUUUGUCGCUGUACACCGAGUUUUUUGGCAUACGGUCCGUGAAAACGGGUGAUCUGGUGGCCGAACAGCAGGCCAAUGUGCAGCUAUGUGAACAAGAACGCGGCUAUAACCAUUCGGCGGGCAUUAUAGCUCUACUAAGCCAGGCCAUGGCGCAGUUCAAGAUCUACAAGUGCCUCAGGUUUCGAAAGAAACUUGCUAUUGAUAUGGCCGAGGAGUACCUACAAAGUGGCGAUCAUGCCAAGGCGUUGACUCUGUAUUCGCUUAUGCUGCCCGACUAUCGCCAAGAGAAGUGGUCGACUAUUUUCACCGACGUCCUGCUGAAGACCCUGCGGUGUGCCCUGCUCUCGGCCUCCGUGGCGGACUACAUAGCGUGCAGCAUCGAAGCGUUGUCCCUACGCCACCAAAGCGAGCAGAAAGAUCGUAUUUUGCUGCUGGAUAACCUCUGGCAGGUCUUCCAGGCUGUGCCGCCCAUGCCCAGAACUCAAUUAACCGAAGACGCUUUGGCCCUGUGGACCAGUGCAUUGGGCAGCGUGAAAUCUCCCAUUCCAAUCGAUUUCGAUAAGGUCUGCGACGUCGUGGAGAUGUGCGCAACAUUCGAGCGAGUGCAAUUGAACAACGACGAUGUGCUGCAGCUGCAACUCAUUGUCCGUGUGCUCACAGACGUGCCUUUGAGGAUACGGAGCUUCCAUGUGGUGCUUGCCGAUGCCGGAAACAGCCAGAACAACUACAAACUGGAGGCGCUCAAGUAUUUCUGCUUUCCCAAUCUCCUGCAGCUGCGUACUCAGCGUGGAUCUGUGGAUCAGCCCAAGGCGUUCGAGAAAAACAUGAUAUUGGAGCCAGGCUCUUACUAUCAGUUCUUGUGCAGCACCGAAGCGCAGCAAUUCCACGAAAACACCCAGCUGCGCAUUGUCCGCGUGGAGGCUCUCAUGGGAACCGAUCAAAUUGGCGCCCUGCUCACGUGCAGCUCCAAUUACACAAGGCAGCCGUUUCGACACCACACGCGCAGUCGCGAUCUCGAUGACAACGUGACGAUCAAUCCCAUUUGCUAUAUUGCGCCCACUUUCCAUUUGGUCACGCAAACAAACCUCGGCCAUGGGCAUGCCACUGGCACGGACGGGGAGCCAGCGGCCGCCACAAGAAUGCUGGUCAACGAGUACUAUCCAGUUGUGAUAAACAUAUGCAAUCCCUACAAUGUCUACCUCAUGAAUGUGGGUGUACACAUCAGUGUGCCUGGUGCCCUAAGGAAUAGCGUAUUCCUCACCACGGACAUCUCUGCGGGUCGUCAGAAGCUGCACACCCAAAUCCAAAUAGAUGUGGGAGAGCUGUCCGGCCAGAGCAGCAACACGGCCACGUACUACAUCUUCAGCCUGGCGGAGACGGAGAUCAAGCUGCAGCAAAGGCUCAGCUACACGCUGGAUGUGGACAAUGGAGGGGCAGGGAGCAGCGGGGUGGCUGGAGCCAGAGCCAGCACGGCCCCCAGCAGCUCGGAGUCGACUCCCGAUCACGAUGUCAAGAGCAUAGCCCUCAGCCUGGCGGCCAUAUCGCCGGUCCAGAUCGAGUACCUGGACGAGACGCGGCUGCGGAAGUCGCGCGACGACACGGUGACCGUGAGAUGCUACAGCGACUUCAAGUUCAGUGCCCGCUUCUACACACUCAACCGGAAGCCGCUGAACCAGGUCUAUCGCGGGGAGAACUUCCUGCUGCGAGCCAACACGGAGGUACUGGCCGUGGACGAUGUGGAGAUACUGGAUAGCUUCUUUAUAUGUGACCACAACCUAGUGCAAUCGAACUACAGCUUUAAGCGGAAGAAGUACACCAACAAGUACAGCGCCGGGGACCAGCUGGAGAGUGUGAUAGUGCUGCGCACAAAUGCCACAGUGCAGGACUGGACGACUGCACGGGACCUGGAUCAGCGCGGCAAGUUGGAGGGCAAGCCGGCGUCCAGCAAGUUCAUUAGGCGCCCUCCGAAGAGCCCCAGCGAGGAACCCUCUGCACCCACGCCGCCUGCCGGAAUGAGCGCCUACAUGAGCAAGAGCCUGGUGGCCAAGAUUCCGACAACCAUGACCAUCAUCAAUAGCAACUCGGCCGUGUCCAAUGCUCUGCAAGUGGCCAACGCGGGCGUAAUGAGCAGCUCCCUGAGUUCGGAAGACGCGAAGCUGGGCGAGGAUGGUGCGCCUGCAGGCCCUCCCCUGGAGGGUGCCAAAACCACUCGCGUUGUGUACAACAAAGCGCUGGAAGCCGUGCAGGGAACUGGCCAUUGCCGGGGCUUUAUCAAGGGCAUCUAUACGCUGAAGGAGAACCCGUCUCCGGCCCCUGUUUUUGGGGUAUUUUGCAUACGAUGGCGCAGGGCCAAUGCCAAGGAGGAGAACGAGUCAAAGUUCAUUAUCAGUGGUCUCGACAUUGCAGAGCCGCCGCUGAACAUCUACUGCACCAUCGAGGAGAAGAUGUUCGUGAAGAUGCCAAUGGCCUUCAAGGUGGUGAUCAAGAAUCCCACGACUCAUGUGCUCCACCUCAUCGCCACGCUGAGCAUCAGCAAGGCGGACAACUUUAUAUGUUCCGGUCACAAGCAGCUGGACAUCUCCAUAAUGGCGUAUAAUGAGAAGGAACUGGUCUACAAUCUGUAUCCCCUUCAGGUGGGAUGGCAAGAGCUGCCCGUCCUCAGCCUGGAGUACAACAGCAAGGCGGACCCGCAAAAGAACGACAUUCACAAUGCCUUGCUCGACGAACUGGUGCUGCGGGCGCUGCCCAAGCGAGUCUUUGUGCUGCCACCACUGAAGCAACAGACCACCAAGUAGAGGCACAGUGAUAAGCUGAUGAGCGAUGUAGUUAGUUUUAAGUUUUAAAGUUUAAAAUAUCAUUGCUACGAGUAUCUAUACAAUUAAACUACACCUAAUCCUUUAUUGAGUGGACCAUUUACACCUUCGGCCUCUACAGGGAUAGCAGCUCUAAAAAUAUUGCGUAUGUUUUUAGGAUUUCUGCAGCAGAUGUCGAGCUAUCCAGUUGUUCUUGUCGCCUGGUGAAAAUUUUCUAUUUGGGAAUACACAAAAUCUGCAACUAAAACUACAAUAAUGAAUUACAAUGACAGAUCUAUUAAGCAUCUAAACAAAACAAAUUCAUGAAUUUCAUAUACAACAUGGAAGCUGAAUAAUGACUUAGCAUAUUUUUUUUUCUGUAUACUCUACAUUGUAGAGAGAUCAGACAAGGCUUUAGCUUUAUGUUGAUAGUUGUACCGGCCAGUAGGAUUAUGCGGAAGAUCCCCUGGUAGGUCUUGUUUCCCCAAGUCUUGUGAGGGGCUACUGUUGCUUACCCCCCUCUCAAUCAAUACAGCGCAUGGCAUUCACAUAGAUGUUUUCCAAUGUUUCCUGCUCCAUUUCACAGAAUCUACAGGAGCCGCUUUAUUGCUUUCAAUUUCUUGAGGAGAUGUCUCCCGUCAAAGUCACAUGGAGAGCUUCUUCUCCGGGCUGAUAAAUUGCCCCAUCCGACAUUCCACAGAUCCGACAGAUUGCCUAAUGAAUUGUAUCCUGGUACUCGGGGUAU